CAUGGCGGAAGACGAAAGCGACCAGGAGUCGGAGCGGCUCAGCGAGGAGCUGGAGGCCCUGGCGGCGCCAGGUCCGCCCGCCGGCCUGCCGGCCCUGCUCCACAGCCAGUAUUACUGCCGCCGCUUCUGCCAGGUUGUUGAAGACUAUGCUGGAAGAUGGCAGGUUCCUCUGCCUCAGCUUCAGGUGCUUCAGACAGCUCUCUGUUGUUUCACAUCUGCCUGUGUAUCAUUCCCAGCUGAAUGUGAGCACGUACAAUACGUAUUGAGUAGCCUAGCUUUGAGUUUUUUUGAAUUGCUGCUGUUCUUUGGAAAAGAUGAGUUCUAUGAAGAUCCUUUGAAAGAUAUUUUAGGUUCAAUCCAGGAAUGUCAGAACCUUCUAAAUAAAUACAGAAAUAUAAACCUGGAAUUAGUGACUCGAAUAAUUCGAGAUGGUGGACCUUGGGAGGACCCGAUAUUACAAGCCAUUCUUAAAGCAAAGCCUGUAUCACAGGAGUUAGUUAACAAAUAUUUAAGCUCUGAAAAUCCACUGUUCUUUGAACUGCGUGCCAGAUACCUUAUUGCCUGUGAACGCAUCCCUGAGGCAAUGGCUCUUAUCAAAUCUUGCAUAAAUCAUCCAGAUAUCAGUAAAGAUCUGUAUUUCCAUCAAGCGCUUUUCACCUGUCUUUAUAUGUCACCAUUAGAAGAUCAGCUAUUCCAGGAGCACUUGUUGAGGACUGAUUGCAAGAGUGGAAUUGAGAUCAUCUGCAACACUGAAAAAGAAGGGAAGACUACCUUAGCCUUACAACUAUGUGAAUCGUUCCUAGUCCCACAGCUCCAAAAUGGAGACAUGUAUUGUAUAUGGGACCUGAUCUUCAUUUGGAGUAAACUGCAGCUUAAAUCUAACCCCUCAAAACAAGUAUUUGUUGACCAGUGCUACCAACUUUUAAGGAUUGCUACAAAUGUCAGAGUAAUUUUCCCUUUCAUGAAAGUCAUUAAGGAUGAAGUCGGUGAGGAUGGUCUUCAGGUAUGUGUUGAGAUAUGUGGAUGUGCCCUACAGUUGGACCUCCGUGAAGAUCCCACUAUGAAAAGUCUUAUUUACAAAGCAAUUGCUCACUUUCUGCCGAAUGACUUGGAGAUCCUCAGAAUUUGUGCGCUUUCGAUCUUUUUUCUUGAGCGCACUUUGGAAUCUUACUACACUGUUGAACAUUUAUAUAAAUGUGCAGAUGAAGAAUAUAAUGAAUGCACUAGUUCUGUUCAAAACCGUGUACGUUUUGAAUUGCUUCCUAUUUUGAAAAAAGGUUUGUUUUUUGAUCCUGAGUUUUGGAAUUUCUUGAUGAUCAAGCAGAACUGUUUAGCAUUACUGGAGGAUAAAGCUUUUGCUGGCUUAAGUGAAACUACACUGGAAAACUCUACUGCAAAUGUAGAGAAGAUAACAGAGUAUAGGGCUAUGAGUGAGGAACGUGUCUGUUCAACAGAUGUAAACAAUGGGGAGCUUGACCCUGAAGACCUCUCUGAAGCCCAGUCCAAAAGUAAUGCCAAAAAGAACCAUGAAGCUCUUGAAGCAUCUAAAAUGUUAGAUAAUACUGUACCAAGGCACCGCUGUGUGAUAUGCAACAAGGAAUUCUUUGGUGAUCACAUUGUGAAACAUGCACAAGCUCACCAGAAAAAGGGCAGUUUUUCCUGUGUACUUUGCAACAGAAAAUUCAGGCAAAAAGGACUUAUGCUAAAGCACCUAAGGAAUCAUGUCAGAAAGAUAGAAAGGCAACAUCUUGCUGCAGUUCUUGAGGCCAGUAAGCAGGCUCCGGUUUGUAAUGAACUAGAACGUUUUGAUGUUUGUCCCUCUCUUGAAAAUGGGAGUUCUGUUGGUUCUAAAGAGGAUGAACGAGAGAUUGCAGUAGUUCCAAGUGCAGACAUAGGACAGGAGAAGGCUGAACAGGUAUUCAAUGCAGUGGAAAACCAUCUAAGUGACCAGGAUGAUGUUACUGAAAAUAGUAGUUGUGACAGCUGCUUUAAUAAUGCUCCUGAUGCUUUAAGUACAGAAAGCUUGCCUGAAGAUGAUGAGAACUCCAGUAAAGAGUCACCUAUUUUGCAUAAAGUGAAUGGAGCUUUCUCUCCUCAAAAAUAUUAUGAUGCUAUGGAUCAAGAAGGAAGCUUGAAGUGCCCUGCUAAUGGUUGUGCUAGAGUGUUUAAAAAGAUCCGAUUUCUCAAUAAACACGCAAGAAAAGCUCAUCCAACUGAUUUGAAGGUUCAGCAACAUAUAAUGAAAUGGAAUAAAGGAAAAUGUCGGUUCUGUCAGAGAAAAUUUGCCGAUUCCCAACAUUUUAUAGACCACCUGAAGAGACACGUGUAUCCAAACGUUUACUUUUGUUUACACUUCAAUUGUAAUCAGAGAUUUAAGCUGUCGACUGAGCUAGCAGAGCAUACAAAAAGUCAUAAUGUUUUUAAAGCUCAGUGCAAUUUUGCAGAGUGCUGUGAGCUAUUUGAGGAGCUCCCUUUGCUGUAUGAACAUGAGGCUCAGCAUUACUUAAGUAAAACAUCAGAAUGUUCAGAAGAUGCCAGUGAAAAGGAUUCUUCAGAUGACCCUUCAGAACUUGGUAGUUGCCACGAUGAUGAUGAAUCUGUUAAUGAAAAUGAAACUGUAGAUCUACCAAUUCCAACUUGGAAGUCAAGGAAGGAUUCUACAGAACCAAAGACAUAUAUUCAAAGUAUUGAGAAGAAAGCAAAUAAUGUAAUGCAGAAUGGAAAUGAAAGUUCAUCUGAGGGCACUGCAAUGGUUUUGAUAGACCAAAAGACACCUGUAUUACAGCCAAAUUCUGAAAACUGUAGUGUUAGUGACCAACUGGUCAAUGGGCACAGUGACCCAAAUCAAACACCAUCAAAGUCGUCAGAAACACCUUUGGACAGAGUGGUAGAUGAAACAAGGACAGAGAAUGGGUCGGUGUUAUCAGUUCUACAGAAUUCUCACGAUAUGCCACAGAAUAAUGCUGCUGCCUCGCAACUACCUUCUAAACCAAAUCAGACAACAGAAAACACUUCAUAUGGUGUCAUCUUAACAAAACCAUAUGUUAGACCCUUGCCUCCAAGUUAUCUUGAUGAACGAUACAUUAGCAUGCCAAAACGUAGAAAAAUGUUGACUGAUAAAGUAGAUGCUCAUUCAGAACAAGAUAAAUGUUGUAGUAAAACAACAGAAAGAUUUAGAUGUGGCAACUGCUUGACCAUCUACUGUAAUUCAGAAGCACUUGAGGCUCAUCUUGCACAAAAGAAAUGUCAGACGCUCUUUGGAUUCGACUCAGAUGAUGAAAGUGCCUGAGAUUCAACGUUGUGGGAAAAUGUAUCAAAUGAGCAGUGGUGUAAGAAAACACUACAUGAAGAAGCAGGAGUUUGUUUCCCAGUUGGCCUUAAAUCAUAAAGCAUUCUCAAAUUACUAGAGAAAACAUGACCUUGAUGAAGACAAAGCACAUUUUCUAGGCAGAACUCACAGAGGAAUUAUGGGCGCUCCGCAGCUUUUGAAUCCAGAAAGGUUACUACAAAAUCCCCAAAGUACCAGUUAUCCAAAAAGCCACAUCCAUUCCAAAUACGUGAUUGAAGCUUAGCAGCAUGGUCUUUCUAGCACAAAGGUCUAAGGAAAACAUUGCAUACAGCUGGACAGGCAGAGAAAGCAGAGGCAUUAAUUACCUUAUAGAAAUAAAAACAGCUGGUUCUGUAAGCUGCUUUAGUUAUGAAAUACGGUUAGAAGCUCUUCAUCCACUCAGCUUUGAAGUCGUUCAAGAAUGUGUCACUUUAUGAUGAAGUGUAUAAGAAGUGUACAGAGGAACUAAAUGUUCUUUUUUCAGAGUUUGAGUAUGUGAUUCCAUUAUCUGCUAAAAGGUGUGGAGCUUAUUUAAUAAACUAGUACUUGGAAUCCAAAAAGAGUAAUGCAGAAAGAAAUUAAGAUGGAUGGAAAGCUCUAACAGCAAAAAGAAAACCCAACUCUUGAAGUACAGAGCGCACAAGCAAAAAGUGUAUUGGUGUGAUAUUAAGUUUUGCAAAGCAGAAAUCAAAUGCAUGCAGGAGAAGGCCUUUACAAGUCUGUGGUUAAAAUACAUGUAGGUUGUCCCAUAAAACAUCUGUUUUACAUACAGGAAGGCCAAUACAAACAGUAAAUGCACACGUUCUUUGAAUAUUAACAGAAGCAGAAUGAAACAAAUGCAGAGUGUGCAGAGGGGUAGGCGUGCACUGCAGAGGAGAGUUUAAUUGAUUUUAUGCAAAUACAGGGAUCUUUCAGUUGUUGAUACGACUGAAGAGAACUUGAAAAGUUUUCCUGUUUUUUUGGUUUUUUUUUAAUGUUAUUUCUUUAUUUUUUAAAAAAGAAAUAAUGACAGAUGAAACCAAGGGAUGUGUUUCAAGUUAGGAAAAAGAGCAGGAAGAGCUUAUUUCACACAUGUGGUAUUACCUAAUGGUGGUAGGUCACAACUCAAUAUUGUAAUAAAUUACUUGCUGUCUAAAGAGAGGGAGAAAAUGUGCAUCAACUCAGCCUCAAGAUACAGUACAAACGUAUCUAGCAACAUCUCUUGAGGAGAUAGUCUUUCCCAGAAGUUAGUGAAGGAACUAAAUUAAUGUUAAGCACUUUAUUCAGCAACUGACUGUUCAUAAAAACGAUCACAAAGUUUGUGAUGGUGAGAAUUUUGAGUCUUUCACCUGUCUAGAUCCCAAAGAAAGAUGGGAUGUUUGGAAGCAUAAGAUGGACUGGAUGAUCUUUAUGUUCCAUUCCAAAUCAGUUUAUUUCAUUCUAUGAAACCAAAAAGAUGCUGUUACAGUUUUUGAUCUCCAGAGGUGUGGCAAACAUGCACAUUGUCUAAUUAAUGUGUUAAUUUAUCCUCUAAUAACUGUUUUACAAUAUCUUGCCAUAAAAGUUAUUUUUGAAGUCAUAUUCCGUGUUGUUAGCUGGAAAUAUUUGUGUGAUUAUGCUCACAGAAGGUCCAUUGAUGAAAAAUGCUGUGUACAAAUGAAAUCAGCACAGAAAUGUAGGACAGUGAAGGCCAACUGUUCCUGCUCAGCCAGUUUGCUUCCUGAAUAGCUCAUCACAACAUCUGUAUCACUUAGUAAGAUGAUUGGCUUGCUUACAUUGAGAUGCAUACAAAUUAAUGAGUAAAAAAAAAAAAUGAGGUAAAUGAAAGAUUUGUUCAUUGUAGUGAUGGCUCACACUUGCAAUCUUAAGGGUUUCACUGUAAAAUAAGCUGUUAAAUAGUUCUGGAACUUAAUAGUUCAGUAAUGCCUCUGCUAAUAAUCCUCUGUGAAGUUGCAGAUAUUUGCAUUAAUUCUGCUUCCUUUUUCCUUCCUGAAAGGUAAAAAGAACACAAUCAGUUUUUGGGUUGUUUUUUUUUUUUUUUUUGGUAA